AGGGGCCGGCGUGCCCAGCGGGAGCGGCUUUCCUGGCCCAAGUUCCAAGCCUUGAAGGGCAAGCGAGGGCCCCGGAGGUCCCACAGCUCCUCAGAGGCCUACGAGCGGGGGCGGGGGCCCGACCUGUCGCCUACAAGCACAGACACGGAGGCCCGGCUCCCGGCGGAGGAGCAGGCCCGGGAGGACGAGCCGGGCAGCCAGUGGAGGAGACGGUUCCCCAGCCUGAGGUUCAGAGUGGUCUCAGGGAAGGGCCCGUCCAGCAGGGGAGACCGCGGCGGGGCAGGCCCAGCUGAGCUGCUGGAGGAGGCAGGGCCCUCGGAGGCCGAACAAGAGGCCAUCAGAGUGGCUGGACGUGCCGAGACAGGGGACGUGAGAGCAGGACAGCCCGAGGAGGCCGAGGCCCCCACGGAGCCUGCUCUGCCCGGCGAGGGACCCGCACCCAGACUGCAAAGGAAGAAAGCACAGGCAAGGGGCCUGGAGGGGACCCUGGCGGAGGAACACACAGAGGUGGGCACAGCCCCGGGCCAGACCAGGGAGGGAGCCGCAGAGGACACUCAGGGGCCACAGCUGGGUACCGCCAGGCUGACUCAGCACGGCUCUGCAGACCAGGGCACCUACCAGAACGGCCACCCAGAAUUCCGCAUCCGCAUACGCAGCUUAAAGACACCCAAGUUCAGGGUUGCCAGAGAAACAGGACCAGAGGAUGCAGAUGGCACCGCCCCGGUGCGCUGGGGACCCUGGUGGACUCAGGUCUCUGCCGACGACUCCAGGGCCACGGGGGACGACAAAGGGGACACAGAGUCAGAGACGACAAAAAGAGCACAAGCAACACAACUGACAAAAGGACAGGGAGGAGGAGAGGAGGACGUGGUGGAAAAGAGGGCAGAGGCCAGCAAGGAAGGGGACCAAGAAACAGAGGAGACGGAGGGAAAGACAAGAGUCCUCAAGUUCAAGCUGCCGUCAUUCGGGUGGUCACCAGCCAAGGAAGGAAAAGGAGAGAGGACAACACGAAUUCAGGAAACAGAUAAACAAAAUAGCGUCACAGCAGGGACAACAGACACUGAGGGAAAGGGGAAAGACGGACACGGCAGAGACAGCAAGUUCAAAACGCCCAAGUUCAAGAUGCCGUCCUUCAGCGUGUCGGUGCCCAGCAAGGCCAUCGAGGCCGCCGUGGACGUGUCCCUGCCCAAGGCCCAGGCCGAGGUGACCCUGCCCUCGGUGCAGGCCGACAUCAAGACCAGUGAGGUCCGCGUGGAGCUGCCCUCGGCCGAGCUGGACGUCAAGGGCGCCGAGGUGGCCGUCAAGCUGCCGGAGGGGCCCCUGCCCGAAGCCGAGCUCAAGGACGGGGCGGCGGGAGUCGGAAUCAAGGCCCACCUGCCCAAGGUGCAGAUGCCCAGCGUCAAGCUGCCCAAGGUGGACAUCAAGGCCCCGCAGGUGGACAUCAAAGGGGCCAAGCUGGACCUGAAGGGCGCCAAGGCCGAGGUGGCCGCCCCCGACGUGGAGGUGUCGCUGCCCAGCGUGGAGGUGGACAGCCAGGCCCCGGGUGCCAAGCUGGAGGCCGCCGUGUCCCUGGGGGACAAGGAGGUGGCCGCCAGAGACAGCAAGUUCAAAAUGCCCAAGUUCAAGAUGCCGUCCUUCGGCGUGUCGGCGCCCAGCAAGGCCAUCGAGGCCGCCGUGGACGUGUCCCUGCCCAAGGCCCAGGCCGAGGUGACCCUGCCCUCGGUGCAGGCCGACGUCAAGACCAGUGAGGUCCGCGUGGAGCUGCCCUCGGCCGAGCUGGACGUCAAGGGCGCCGAGGUGGCCGUCAAGCUGCCGGAGGGGCCCCUGCCCGAAGCCGAGCUCAAGGACGGGGCGGCGGGAGUCGGAAUCAAGGCCCACCUGCCCAAGGUGCAGGUGCCCAGCGUCAAGCUGCCCAAGGUGGACAUCAAGGCCCCGCAGGUGGACAUCAAGGGGCCCAAGCUGGACCUGAAGGGCGCCAAGGCCGAGGUGGCCACCCCCGACGUGGAGGUGUCGCUGCCCAGCGUGGAGGUGGACAGCCAGGCCCCGGGCGCCAAGCUGGAGGCCGCCGUGUCCCUGGGGGACAAGGAGGUGGCCGCCAGAGACAGCAAGUUCAAAAUGCCCAAGUUCAAGAUGCCGUCCUUCGGCGUGUCGGCGCCCAGCAAGGCCAUUGAGGCCGCCGUGGACGUGUCCCUGCCCAAGGCCCAGGCCGAGGUGACCCUGCCCUCGGUGCAGGCCGACGUCAAGACCAGUGAGGUCCGCGUGGAGCUGCCCUCGGCCGAGCUGGACGUCAAGGGCGCCGAGGUGGCUGUCAAGCUGCCGGAGGGGCCCCUGCCCAAAGCCGAGCUCAAGGACGGGGCGGCGGGAGUCGGAAUCAAGGCCCACCUGCCCAAGGUGCAGGUGCCCAGCGUCAAGCUGCCCAAGGUGGACAUCAAGGCCCCGCAGGUGGACAUCAAGGGGCCCAAGCUGGACCUGAAGGGCGCCAAGGCCGAGGUGGCCGCCCCCGACGUGGAGGUGUCGCUGCCCAGCGUGGAGGUGGACAGCCAGGCCCCGGGCGCCAAGCUGGAGGCCGACGUGUCCCUGGGGGACAAGGAGGUGGCCGCCAGAGACAGCAAGUUCAAAAUGCCCAAGUUUAAGAUGCCGUCCUUCGGCGUGUCGGCGCCCAGCAAGGCCAUCGAGGCCGCCGUGGACGUGUCCCUUCCCAAGGCCCAGGCCGAGGUGACCCUGCCCUCGGUGCAGGCCGACGUCAAGACCAGUGAGGUCCGCGUGGAGCUGCCCUCGGCCGAGCUGGACGUCAAGGGCGCCGAGGUGGCCGUCAAGCUGCCGGAGGGGCCCCUGCCCGAAGCCGAGCUCAAGGACGGGGCGGCGGGAGUCGGAAUCAAGGCCCACCUGCCCAAGGUGCAGGUGCCCAGCGUCAAGCUGCCCAAGGUGGACAUCAAGGCCCCGCAGGUGGACAUCAAGGGGCCCAAGCUGGACCUGAAGGGCGCCAAGGCCGAGGUGGCCGCCCCCGACGUGGCGGUGUCGCUACCCAGCGUGGAGGUGGACAGCCAGGCCCCGGGCGCCAAGCUGGAGGCCGACCUGUCCCUGGGGGACAAGGAGGUGGCCGCCAGAGACAGCAAGUUCAAAAUGCCCAAGUUCAAGAUGCCGUCCUUCGGCGUGUCGGCGCCCAGCAAGGCCAUCGAGGCCGCCGUGGACGUGUCCCUGCCCAAGGCCCAGGCCGAGGUGACCCUGCCCUCGGUGCAGGCCGACGUCAAGACCAGUGAGGUCCGCGUGGAGCUGCCCUCGGCCGAGCUGGACGUCAAGGGCACCGAGGUGGCCGUCAAGCUGCCGGAGGGGCCCCUGCCCGAAGCCGAGCUCAAGGACGGGGCGGCGGGAGUCGGAAUCAAGGCCCACCUGCCCAAGGUGCAGGUGCCCAGCGUCAAGCUGCCCAAGGUGGACAUCAAGGCCCCGCAGGUGGACAUCAAGGGGCCCAAGCUGGACCUGAAGGGCGCCAAGGCCGAGGUGGCCGCCCCCGACGUGGAGGUGUCGCUGCCCAGCGUGGAGGUGGACAGCCAGGCCCCGGGCGCCAAGCUGGAGGCCGCCGUGUCCCUGGGGGACAAGGAGGUGGCCGCCAGAGACAGCAAGUUCAAAAUGCCCAAGUUCAAGAUGCCGUCCUUCGGCGUGUCGGCGCCCAGCAAGGCCAUCGAGGCCGCCGUGGACGUGUCCCUGCCCAAGGCCCAGGCCGAGGUGACCCUGCCCUCGGUGCAGGCCGACGUCAAGACCAGUGAGGUCCGCGUGGAGCUGCCCUCGGCCGAGCUGGACGUCAAGGGCGCCGAGGUGGCCGUCAAGCUGCCGGAGGGGCCCCUGCCCGAAGCCGAGCUCAAGGACGGGGCGGCGGGAGUCGGAAUCAAGGCCCACCUGCCCAAGGUGCAGGUGCCCAGCGUCAAGCUGCCCAAGGUGGACAUCAAGGCCCCGCAGGUGGACAUCAAGGGGCCCAAGCUGGACCUGAAGGGCGCCAAGGCCGAGGUGGCCACCCCCGACGUGGAGGUGUCGCUGCCCAGCGUGGAGGUGGACAGCCAGGCCCCGGGCGCCAAGCUGGAGGCCGCCGUGUCCCUGGGGGACAAGGAGGUGGCCACCAGAGACAGCAAGUUCAAAAUGCCCAAGUUCAAGAUGCCGUCCUUCGGCGUGUCGGCGCCCAGCAAGGCCAUCGAGGCCGCCGUGGACGUGUCCCUGCCCAAGGCCCAGGCCGAGGUGACCCUGCCCUCGGUGCAGGCCGACGUCAAGACCAGUGAGGUCCGCGUGGAGCUGCCCUCGGCCGAGCUGGACGUCAAGGGCGCCGAGGUGGCCGUCAAGCUGCCGGAGGGGCCCCUGCCCGAAGCCGAGCUCAAGGACGGGGCGGCGGGAGUCGGAAUCAAGGCCCACCUGCCCAAGGUGCAGGUGCCCAGCGUCAAGCUGCCCAAGGUGGACAUCAAGGCCCCGCAGGUGGACAUCAAGGGGCCCAAGCUGGACCUGAAGGGCGCCAAGGCCGAGGUGGCCGCCCCCGACGUGGAGGUGUCGCUGCCCAGCGUGGAGGUGGACAGCCAGGCCCCGGGCGCCAAGCUGGAGGCCGCCGUGUCCCUGGGGGACAAGGAGGUGGCCGCCAGAGACAGCAAGUUCAAAAUGCCCAAGUUCAAGAUGCCGUCCUUCGGCGUGUCGGCGCCCAGCAAGGCCAUCGAGGCCGCCGUGGACGUGUCCCUGCCCAAGGCCCAGGCCGAGGUGACCCUGCCCUCGGUGCAGGCCGACAUCAAGACCAGUGAGGUCCGCGUGGAGCUGCCCUCGGCCGAGCUGGACGUCAAGGGCGCCGAGGUGGCCGUCAAGCUGCCGGAGGGGCCCCUGCCCGAAGCCGAGCUCAAGGACGGGGCGGCGGGAGUCGGAAUCAAGGCCCACCUGCCCAAGGUGCAGGUGCCCAGCGUCAAGCUGCCCAAGGUGGACAUCAAGGCCCCGCAGGUGGACAUCAAGGGGCCCAAGCUGGACCUGAAGGGCGCCAAGGCCGAGGUGGCCGCCCCCGACGUGGAGGUGUCGCUGCCCAGCGUGGAGGUGGACAGCCAGGCCCCGGGCGCCAAGCUGGAGGCCGACGUGUCCCUGGGGGACAAGGAGGUGGCCACCAGAGACAGCAAGUUCAAAAUGCCCAAGUUCAAGAUGCCGUCCUUCGGCGUGUCGGCGCCCAGCAAGGCCAUCGAGGCCGCCGUGGACGUGUCCCUGCCCAAGGCCCAGGCCGAGGUGACCCUGCCCUCGGUGCAGGCCGACGUCAAGACCAGUGAGGUCCGCGUGGAGCUGCCCUCGGCCGAGCUGGACGUCAAGGGCGCCGAGGUGGCCGUCAAGCUGCCGGAGGGGCCCCUGCCCGAAGCCGAGCUCAAGGACGGGGCGGCGGGAGUCGGAAUCAAGGCCCACCUGCCCAAGGUGCAGGUGCCCAGCGUCAAGCUGCCCAAGGUGGACAUCAAGACCCCGCAGGUGGACAUCAAGGGGCCCAAGCUGGACCUGAAGGGCGCCAAGGCCGAGGUGGCCGCCCCCGACGUGGAGGUGUCGCUGCCCAGCGUGGAGGUGGACAGCCAGGCCCCGGGCGCCAAGCUGGAGGCCGCCGUGUCCCUGGGGGACAAGGAGGUGGCCGCCAGAGACAGCAAGUUCAAAAUGCCCAAGUUCAAGAUGCCGUCCUUCGGCGUGUCGGCGCCCAGCAAGGCCAUCGAGGCCGCCGUGGACGUGUCCCUGCCCAAGGCCCAGGCCGAGGUGACCCUGCCCUCGGUGCAGGCCGACGUCAAGACCAGUGAGGUCCGCGUGGAGCUGCCCUCGGCCGAGCUGGACGUCAAGGGCGCCGAGGUGGCCGUCAAGCUGCCGGAGGGGCCCCUGCCCGAAGCCGAGCUCAAGGACGGGGCGGCGGGAGUCGGAAUCAAGGCCCACCUGCCCAAGGUGCAGGUGCCCAGCGUCAAGCUGCCCAAGGUGGACAUCAAGGCCCCGCAGGUGGACAUCAAGGGGCCCAAGCUGGACCUGAAGGGCGCCAAGGCCGAGGUGGCCGCCCCCGACGUGGAGGUGUCGCUGCCCAGCGUGGAGGUGGACAGCCAGGCCCCGGGCGCCAAGCUGGAGGCCGCCGUGUCCCUGGGGGACAAGGAGGUGGCCGCCAGAGACAGCAAGUUCAAAAUGCCCAAGUUCAAGAUGCCGUCCUUCGGCGUGUCGGCGCCCAGCAAGGCCAUCGAGGCCGCCGUGGACGUGUCCCUGCCCAAGGCCCAGGCCGAGGUGACCCUGCCCUCGGUGCAGGCCGACGUCAAGACCAGUGAGGUCCGCGUGGAGCUGCCCUCGGCCGAGCUGGACGUCAAGGGCGCCGAGGUGGCCGUCGAGCUGCCGGAGGGGCCCCUGCCCGAAGCCGAGCUCAAGGACGGGGCGGCGGGAGUCGGAAUCAAGGCCCACCUGCCCAAGGUGCAGGUGCCCAGCGUCAAGCUGCCCAAGGUGGACAUCAAGGCCCCGCAGGUGGACAUCAAGGGGCCCAAGCUGGACCUGAAGGGCGCCAAGGCCGAGGUGGCCGCCCCCGACGUGGAGGUGUCGCUGCCCAGCGUGGAGGUGGACAGCCAGGCCCCGGGCGCCAAGCUGGAGGCCGCCGUGUCCCUGGGGGACAAGGAGGUGGCCGCCAGAGACAGCAAGUUCAAAAUGCCCAAGUUCAAGAUGCCGUCCUUCGGCGUGUCGGCGCCCAGCAAGGCCAUCGAGGCCGCCGUGGACGUGUCCCUGCCCAAGGCCCAGGCCGAGGUGACCCUGCCCUCGGUGCAGGCCGACGUCAAGACCAGUGAGGUCCGCGUGGAGCUGCCCUCGGCCGAGCUGGACGUCAAGGGCGCCGAGGUGGCCGUCGAGCUGCCGGAGGGGCCCCUGCCCGAAGCCGAGCUCAAGGACGGGGCGGCGGGAGUCGGAAUCAAGGCCCACCUGCCCAAGGUGCAGGUGCCCAGCGUCAAGCUGCCCAAGGUGGACAUCAAGGCCCCGCAGGUGGACAUCAAGGGGCCCAAGCUGGACCUGAAGGGCGCCAAGGCCGAGGUGGCCGCCCCCGACGUGGAGGUGUCGCUGCCCAGCGUGGAGGUGGACAGCCAGGCCCCGGGCGCCAAGCUGGAGGCCGCCGUGUCCCUGGGGGACAAGGAGGUGGCCGCCAGAGACAGCAAGUUCAAAAUGCCCAAGUUCAAGAUGCCGUCCUUCGGCGUGUCGGCGCCCAGCAAGGCCAUCGAGGCCGCCGUGGACGUGUCCCUGCCCAAGGCCCAGGCCGAGGUGACCCUGCCCUCGGUGCAGGCCGACGUCAAGACCAGUGAGGUCCGCGUGGAGCUGCCCUCGGCCGAGCUGGACGUCAAGGGCGCCGAGGUGGCCGUCAAGCUGCCGGAGGGGCCCCUGCCCGAAGCCGAGCUCAAGGACGGGGCGGCGGGAGUCGGAAUCAAGGCCCACCUGCCCAAGGUGCAGGUGCCCAGCGUCAAGCUGCCCAAGGUGGACAUCAAGGCCCCGCAGGUGGACAUCAAAGGGCCCAAGCUGGACCUGAAGGGCGCCAAGGCCGAGGUGGCCGCCCCCGACGUGGAGGUGUCGCUGCCCAGCGUGGAGGUGGACAGCCACGCCCCGGGCGCCAAGCUAGAGGCCGACGUGUCCCUGGGGGACAAGGAGGUGGCCGCCAGAGGGUGCACAUUGAAAACUGAAGAGGAUGGUAAAAUCCAUGUCAAGAAACCCCAUUUUAAGUUUCCUAGGCUGUUUUCUUCAGCAGGGAAGUCUUCCAAAAGUUCUACCCUUAUUGAACGCGAUCCUCACCUUUCUUUGGCCCCAAGUGAUUCUGGUGUGGAUCCUGCCUUGUCAUAUAUUUCUAGCCAUAAACCGUCCCUGCCGUUUCCCCACAUGGGUUGGCCUGGUGUUUCCUCAGGCAUCCUUGAUGUCAGCCGUUCUUAUGCUGAUGGUUCGUCUGUCUCUCCAGAGGCGGUCACUCUCAUCAAGUACCAGGUGACUGUUCCCGACGCCCCACAUUUCCCUCCGGAAAUCCUCUCGUGUUCCCAGGAGGAUAGAGAAAGUCCUACCACUCUGCGCCCCGACGAGAGCGUUCCAUGCCCACCUGAUAGUCCUGCCAGCCCUGUGGACCCCCUAUUUCCUGCAUCUUAUGGUCGGGUGACUUUUCCUAAGUUUCAUCGACCUAAGUUCUGGUUUUCUAGCCCAGAAGCAGCAGAUCCUGCGGUGGAUGGUCAGGCCGCAGAACGCGCCCCAGCCCCGUGCCCCCUCAGCGAUGCUCAGGGGCUGGACUCUGCACGCGGCCUGCCCCCGGCAGAUGGCAGCCAAGGGCACGGGUCUGGGGAUGUCUCAGCCGGCCAGCCUCAUGGCGAGGGGAGGGCCCCGUCACCAGGAGAACGCCUCCAGCCGCUGUGCAGAGCUGCAGGUGUGGAUGUCCCAGUGGAGGGGAGCACAGCCGCUCCGGGGGGCUGGUUCAGGAUGCCCGCCCUCCACCUGCCCAUCAUCCGGCACCCUGCCAGGGAGAAGGGGGUACCCGGGGCACCGAGUCCCAUGCCUGCUGCCUGUGCAUUGGGGGAAGAAGAGCCAGCUCCCAUCACGGCUCAGGGGCCUCUGGGGUCAGAGGUGGAGGCGCCUGAAACCCUGGAGCCAGCUGAGAUUGCAUCGCAUGCGGGCAUGCUAAAGAUAAACCUAGACGGCAGAGGCUCGACGCUGCUCCCGCCUCCUCCGGGGGCACCCCCUGCGGGCCUGUCCACUUCUGAGAUCAGGGUCCGCCCAGGCGAAGGCUCCCUUCCGCUUCGGAUGCCCAGCAGGGCACUUUUGGAAACAGAAGCUCCUCCUGCUGGGCCUGCAGGCCUGGACCUCGCCAGGGGAGAGGGGAGGGCGGAGAAAUGGUCCUCCCAGCCUGAAGGCCCCGUUAAACUGAAGGUGUCCAGGACCGACGGGCCAUCCCAGAUUUCUGUGGUCAGCGUGGGUCAGCCCUGGGAGGGCUCUGUGGUAACUGUCAAGCUGCCAAGGCUGAGCAUGCCGAGGUUCGCCUUCCCUGACCCCGGAUCGGAGGCUGAUGUGUUCAUCCCUGCCGUGCGGGAGGUGCGAUGCACUGGGAGCAGCCUGGACGACGCCUGGUGUGCAGAGAGCGUGGGAGCCUGGGGUGCCAGCAUCCUGAAGGCCGGCGCUGGGACCCCUGGGGAGCAGCCUGUGGCCUUUGACCUCUCCCCGGAAGCUUCCAGGGUCCGAGUGCACAUUCACAGUGCUCAGGGAGAGGGUGCCGGGGUCGGCAUACACGCCGGAGUGACUCCACAGCCAGCUGACCGCUCGGGACCCGAGGCCGUUUCCACUCAGAUUGUGCGGGAAUCAGAGAUCCCUGCGUCUGAGAUCCAAACGGCUUCCUACGGAUUUUCGUUGCUGAAAGUGAAGAUCCCUGAGCCCCCCACGCAGGGGAGGGUCCAAGACUCCCUACUGACAGGGGGCUUGCAGGAGGCUUCUGAAGACACUGCCCCUGGAGCAGACCCUGUUUCUGGAGACCUGCAGCCAGACACUGGAGAACCAUUUGAAGUGAUCUCGUCCAGCGUCAGCGUACCCAGAGGGCCAGCACUCCCUGCCGACCUGCACUCUGGCCCCCCGGGUACAGAGAGCUGCUCCGACGAGGAGCCCGCAGAGAUCCUCGAAUUUCCGCCAGAAGAGGACGGCGAGGAGGCAGCCGCGGGCCUCUCCAAAGGAGACCAGGCUCCAAAAGAGAAGCCGGAAGGUAAGAGGUCUUCCGGUCUGCUCCGGUUUUGGCUUCCCAGCAUUGGUUUCUCUUCUUCCUCUGAAGAGACACGUGCUGACUCCAAAGAUGAAGCCCACGGGCCGGCCCCUGUCCAGACCCCGCCGGGUUUGCAGCCUGAGGCAGAGCCGCCCAAGAAAUCCGAGAAGGCCAGCUGGUUCCGAUUUCCCAGAUUAGGGUUCUCCUCCUCCCCCACCAAGAAAAGCAAGAGCUUGGAGGAUGAGGCGGCUCCGGCAGAGCAAAAGCUCCAGGAAGAAGCUGCCACCUUCUUUGAUGCCCGCGAGAACUUCUCCCCUGAGGACAGGGAGGAGACGGUGCCAGGCGCCGGGGCAAUGGUCACGUCCAGGGCCAGGACGGAGCUCAUCCUGCUGGAGCCAGACCCGGGGGCCCUGGACGAGCCUGCACCCGCUGCCCAGUGAGGAAGGAAGGAAGUGGAGGCUGUGCCUCACACCCGCGUGUGGACAUGAGUGUCCACCGUGACCCCCAGAGUGGAGGACGAAGUGAAGCCGGCUGCGAGCAGAGGGGCCCCCGCCCCCAGCCCUCCCGAAGCUGCCUCCCAAAGCUUCAGGAGUGUCCCGGGCUCCUGAGGGGCUUUCUUAGACAUGUGUUACUCAAGACCCCUGCCCACGAGCCCCUCGAAGACAUGGUUGCUGCUUCCUGGUGAAGGCUGUUUCCCUGUUUCCGGCAGAGUCUGGCACAGUCCAAGAGACCCUCUCCCUGCCUGCUUAGAACCAGCCCACUCUUCACGAGCCGUCUCGCUGAGGCAAGCCCUGGGAUGCUUUGAGUGAUACUGCCCGUGCCGGGCUGGGGGCAGCUGGCUGCCAAGGUGGUCCAGGCGUCCGUCCAUGAGCUCCCACCAGACAUCCGUGGGCGUCCACUUGCCUGCCGGUGCCCUCUCCGGCGUCUGUGGCCCCAGCCCCUCAGUGUGCCUGAAGAUGGGACCCACUUGGCUCUUCCCUGGACGCCGAACAGGCA